AUGGACCUUCUUCCAAAGUAUCUCAACGAGUUGCAGGACUCGAACAAAAUGAAGAGGUGCGCAGGGUACAAGAAAAUACACGAUCUUGUCAAGACACAAAAGGGGAAGCUGUCAAAAGACGACGAGUUUUCGAUUAUUAGGUCAUGUCUGAAAGGAUUUGAGGAUGCCUCGGAGCGUUCACGAGAGGAGGCGGCACAGAUAACAAUCGAGCUCCUACCAGGUCAAGACGCGAGCAUUUUGGACUGGGUUCUUCCUUCUGUCGUCACACGCAUUGGAGUCGUGCCAGUUGCUGAAGAGAGCGAGGAGAUUAGGCUGCUUCUCCUUCGACUCGGGGCAGCCUGCAUGACGUACUUUCCGCACGAUAUCGGAGCGAGGAACUACAUCGACUUUUUCCUAGUACUACUAGAGAAUUGUUUUCGUGACCCUUUCCCAGACCUCAAGAAGGAAGCGUGCAAGGCAACUUGUCAGCUGUGCUCCAUCGAGCCCAAGCAAGUAAAGGCGAUUAGUAUACCGCUGACAAAAGUUCUAAAAGAUUCAUGUCUUCUGCACAAGCACAGCGCUGUACGGUGCGAGGCGGCCCAGACGCUGACUGUCUUGUUUCGAUGUGGAGCCUCUGAGGCACUGAAAGACGGAAAGAACGACCCCGAGAGCCGGACAAUGGCGUCGGAGCUGUUUGUUCUGUGCAACGACCAUAGCGAGCCAGUUCGACUAGCAGUCCUCUCAAUUUUGUCAUGCGCAUUGCUGGAUGUCAAGGAGCGGUUGGAGAUGCACGCUAAGUACCUACCACAUCUCCUGAUUCUUGUGACUGAUCCAUUCGAUGCUGUUCGCAACAUGGCGCACAAAAUUUUGGAGCAGGUCGGACAACUUUACAUGAUCGACAACGAGGACAAUCGGAUUGAUAUGGCGAACAGGCGCAUCACUAUGAAGGAUAUUGAAUGGUACGGCGAUGACGAGUAUCCUUCCAUGACAUUCACAACGCCAUCAGCAGAGCACUAUGAAAUUGUUCAGAGGCGUCCAAGCCUGGGGACUCGCUACGCUGUCGCAGACUCCGUUCGGGGUUUUCUCGAGAAGAUUCUUGGGGAUAUCACCGCUGUUGACUGGGUGAUUCCCUUCUCCACUAAUAAUCGCAAGGUGGUGGCCCUAAAGUUGUUGUGGACAACCAUCUACUACUGUGAAAAGUCCUGCGUGCAGUUCACUGAGCGUAUUCUUAACGCUGUGUACAAGGCGUUCGCCGACGAAAACGUCGAGGUCAAGCAGGAGGCGACGUUUUGUAUUGAGAUGCUGGGGAAGUUCCUGGUCCCUGAGCAGUACCUGCCAUUUCUUAUCGCUAAGCCAGCCGCGAAUGCUGACCCGUACGUGGAUGUGUCUGUUAUCGAAAGAUCGCGCAACAAAACUGUGGUGCUCACUUCUCUCGAUGAUUCGUGCAGGGUGACGCCGACACUGUUCUCGACGGCAGCUGUGACGGUCAAGUGCUCGAUUCUGCAAACGCUAGCGUACCUUAUGGAGGGUUCCAAAGAAAAGCUGACCCCGGGUCACUCUACCCUAAUCAUUCAGGCGUUGACAACAAGCGAUUUGAUCGAGUGUGAGAACGAGCAUCUUCUGACUGCGCUUCUUACGACACUACAAAAGGUCAUUUCAAUCUUUGUAGCAAGGGGAUUCAUCGCCUCCCCGGAGCGCCCUCACCCCAAGGAGGUGCUCUGCGAUCCAAAACAGAGGACACUAGAUUCUGUUAUUCUUCACUCCUUGCUGCGUAUCAAGAGUACUGAAAUACCUGUGGUUCAACUGAAGGCUGGUGAAGUAAUCACAAUGCUGUCGACAUUGGUGACGGGAUCACUUACUGGCAUCCAUACCCUGCAUGUAGGGCGAUUGCUGUCACGCUACGGGGCGGCCCUUCCGGUCAGCGCUUUCAGUGAUCUGGUACUGAAUGCGGACAGCGUCGGGGCGCUUGGCAGAGUGCUCACAAACAUCUUUGAAUCACGACUUACGGACGUCAACUUUGCAGUCAAGGUAACAGAGGAGCUACGGUACUUUACCGUCCUAGAAAAGCUUCUCUGGUGCAGAACCGAGGCCUUUGGACCAAGCGAGGUCACUGAGCUGCUGCGCGCUGUCGUCCUGCCGUUAGCAACUUUUCAGCCGGGCAACACUGCUCACCUUUUCCGUAAAGUGGCUGUGAACUGCCUGUGUGCUCUCCUCGACCCAGUGUACUGCGAUGCCCUACAGGAAGAGCUAGUGAAAAACAGCAGCGUCCUAUCCACUACGAUCAUAAACACUUGGUGUGCAGCUUCCGACGCCGACGACGGCGAGAUGCGACUUGUUUGCAUGUCAGUCCUUGGCGAGGUCUGCCGCUUACCAAUGCUGAAAGGAGCUGCGCAUGAAAUCAUUCAAUCCGUGCUUCUGCGCUUCGACGAUUCAAACGAUUUCAUACGCUUGCGUACCUCUAACGAGCUGAUCCGGCUCCUUGCCGACGACUGGGGCGCGUCACCGUUUAUUGUGGAGGAGUUAUCAGCACAGGUGGUGCCCCUCGUGAAGAAGAUGCUCGUCUACCUGGAUGACACGGAGGAGACGAUCGGCAUCCGACCUUCUUUGGCAGGGGCCUUGAAAAGGUUGGGUGAUAUUUCGCCGCAUAUUGUUGUUGACCUAACUCGGUCCGCUCUAGGGCGACACAUGGAAAGGUGCUACUGUCAAGACGUGUUAAACUACCUGGAGACUAAGUACUAG